GCGGGGCGGGCUGUCGCCUGGCCACGCCCACCCCAGGCCGCGGCAGUCGGGAGCGGCGCCCGGGCAGCGGCUGCCGCGGACCUUUAGAUGCUUUCCAGGAAGAGAGGGGACACCUUGCUGAUGCCACCGUCCUCAAACCAGUCUUCUCCACCUGCCUGCUGUCUGCCCGGGAUUCCUGGAACCUUCUGGUUGGAGGAGAUCUGUCCACGCUCACACUGGGCGAGAGGAAGCCAAGACCACAGCCAUGAGCGAGUCACACGUGCAGAGGCUGUCCACCAUCCUGCUGGAUGCCAUCACCGACAAAGACCCUCUGGUGCAGGAGCAGGUGUGUGGGGCCCUGUGCGCCCUGGGAGAGUCACGGCCUGAAGAGGUGCUCCUCGCCUGUGCGGAGCACCUGCGCCAGCAUGAGAAGCUGGCGCACCCCUACCGGACCAUGAUCCUGAGGGCGGUGGAGACGGUCGUGAGCAGCCGCAUCGGCGAGCUGGACAAGGACGUGGCCAGGACCACCAUCCUCCUGGCCUCCGGCGAGAUGACCAGAGCCAAGGAACUGGUUUGCGACUGGCAGCAGGCCGCCAGCAACGUCCUUGUGGCGCUGGGGAAGCGUUUCGUCGGCAAGGUGAUGGAGGAGAUGCUGAGCAAGUUCCAGCCCGGGCUCCUGCCGCACUAUUUUGUGGUGCAGACGCUCGCCAACCUCUCCGUGUCCAAUGCGUUCGGCACGGUGCCCUUCCUGACGUCCAUCCUGAGCACCAUGCUUCCCAUGCUGAGCCUGGCCAAGCACGACUCCAUGAGGGUGGUGUUCUGUUUCGCUCUGCAGCGCUUCAGCGAGAGCACCCUGGAGUACCUGGCCAACCUGGACCAAGCCCCAGACCCCACAGUCAGGAAAGAUGCCUUCGCCACCGACACCCUCAGCGCAUACGAUAUCCUCUUUCACCAAUGGCUGCAGAGCCGGGAAGCCAAGCUCCGGCUCGCUGUGGUGGAGGCCCUGGGGCCCAUGAGCCACCUGCUGCCCAGCGAGAAGCUGGAGGAACAGCUGCCCAAGCUCCUGCCUGGGGUCCUCGCCCUCUACAAGAAACACGCCGAGACCGCCCACAUGUCCAAGAGCCUGGCCCAGAUCCUCGAGGCGGCGGUGAGCGUGGGCAGCCGCACGCUGGAGGUCCAGCUCGACUCCGUCCUGGCUGUGCUGCACGCUCAGGUCUGCGUGCCUGUGGAGUCGUCCAGCCCCCUGGUGAUGAGCAACCAGAAGGAGGUGCUGCGCUGCUUCACGGUGCUGGCCUGCUGCUCGCCUGACCGCCUGCUGGCCUUCCUACUGCCCAAGCUGGACUCCAGCAGCGAGAGGACCCGUGUGGGCACCCUGCAGGUGCUGAGGCAUCUCAUCAACGCGGCCGCCGCGCAGAUGGAAGUUAAGAAACCCUUCAUCCUCUCCUCCAUGAAGCUCCCCCUUCUGGACACCAACAGCAAGGUGAAGCGGGCCGUGGUGCAGGUGAUCAGCGCCAUGGCCCACCACGGCUACCUGGAGCAGCCCGGAGGCGAGGCGAUGAUGGAAUACGUGGUGCAGCAGUGCGCGCUGCCGCCUGAGUCGGAGCCUCAGAAGCCCUGCGCCGACAGCGAGAACCUCCCGGCCGACGGCGUGCGGGCCAUCAGCAUCAGCACCCUCUACCUGGUCAGCACCACCGUGGACAGGAUGAGUGACGUCCUCUGGCCGUACCUGCUCGAGUUCCUCGUCCCCGUGCGCUUCACCCGGGCGCUGACCCCGCUCUGCCGGAGCCUCGUGCAUCUGGCCCAGAAGAGGCAGGAGCAGGACGCCGAUGCCUUCCUCAUCCAGUACAACGGCAACGCAACCCUUCCGUCGCCCUACGCCAUAACCACGAGACUUCUGGUCGUGUCUUCCAAGCCCUACCUGGGGGACGGUCGCGGAGCGGCCUCCCUGCGCCUUUUGAGCGUCUUGCAUCGGAACAUCCAUCCUGUGCUGGGCCAGCGGUGGGCGACAACCAUCCCUCUGCUGCUGGAGCACCUGGAUGAAUAUACUGAGGAAACCCUGCCACAGAAGGAAUGGGAGGAGAAGCUGCUGAUGUUCCUUAGAGACACCCUGGCUGCUGUGGCUGACAAUACGUGGAUUUGCCAGCUGAGCCUGGAGAUGUGCAGGCAGCUACCGAACUACAACGAGACGCCCCAGGAGAAGAACUUCCUGUACAAAUGCAUAGGAACCACCCUGGGCGCUGCUUCACAUAAGGAGGUGGUGAGAAAACAUCUGCAGGAGCUUCUGGAGACGGCCAGAUACCAGGAGGAGACCGAGCGUGAGGGCCUUGCAUGUUGCUUCGGGAUCUGUGCCAUCUCCCACCUGGACGACACACUGGCCCAGCUGGAGGACUUUGUAAAAUCGGAUGUGUUCAGAAAAUCCACGGGCAUUUUCAACAUUUUUAAGGAUCGAAGCGAGAACGAGGCGGACAAGGUGAGGAGCGCGCUGGUCCUGUGCUACGGGCACGUGGCAGCGCGGGCCCCCCGCGAGCUGGUGCAGCCCAGGGUGGAGUCGGACAUCUUCCGGAACAUGUUCCAGUGCUUCAGCACCAAGGUUCUGGGGAUAAAGGUAGAGACCAAGGACCCGACGCUGAGGCUGAGCCUCGUGCGGAGCGUGUGCAUGGCCAGCCAGGCCGUCUGCGGCAGUGCCCGGGGCAGCGCCUCCCACUUCUCCAGGAAGGCGGAGCUGGUGGGGCAGAUGAUGGAGUUCAUCAAGGCAGAGCCCCCGGACUCCCUGAGGACCCCCAUUCGGAAGAAGGCCAUGCUCGCCUGCACUUACCUGGCCUCCCUGGAGCCGGCGCUGGAAGAGCAGGUGCAGGCAGAGCUGGUCCACAGCUGCCUGCACAGCGUCUUGGCCGUGCUGCCUGAGCCCACAGUGGAGGACGGCCGCCAGGAGGUAGCAGACAGGACCCUCAGCUCACCCCUGGCCCUGGGGGCAGCAGGGAGGCUGCUGUGGGUGACAGGGUCACAGCGGAACUGGUGGCCUCCCUCCUUCCAGUCCCUGUACCUGGACACCAUGCAGGCCCUCAAGGACCUGCUCACGAGCCUCCUGCAGCGAGACAUGACCUCCCAGGGCCUGCAGCGCAUGGUGGAGCACCUGAGCCCGUGGAUCAAGUCCCCAAGGGGCCACGAGCGAGUGCGGGCGCUCGGCCUGAGUGCUUGCCUGCUGCAGUACUUCCUGGAGCACCUGCACGUCAGCGCCCUGGUGCCCUUCCACAACUUGGGCCUCCUCAUCGGCCUCUUCUCCCCACGGUGCGCGGACCUCUGGCCCGCCACCCGCCAGGAGGCGGUGAGCUGCGUCUACUGCCUGCUCUACCUCCAGCUGGGCUAUGAGGGCUUCUCCCGCGACUACCGGGACGACGUGGCCGAGCAGCUCCUCGCCCUCAAGGAUGGCCUCGUGCACCCCGACCCCGCUGCCCUCUUCCACUCCUGCCACAGCAUAGCCCAGGUGAUCGCCAAGCGCCUCCCGCCAGAUCAACUCAUCAGCCUCCUGCUGACCUUAUUUGAGGGCCUGGGAGACCCCGACAAGGACUGCUCCCGAGCUGCCACUGUCAUGAUCAACUGCUUGCUGAAGGAGCGAGGCCACUUGCUCCUGGAGAAGGUACCCGAGCUCGUGAGCGUGCUGCGCGCCAAGCUCCAGGAGACCCGAGAGGAGCACGUCCUGCAGGCUGCGCAGCACAGCGUGUACCUCCUGGCAUCGCAGCACCAUGCAGCCGUGGUGUCCAGCCUCCUGGGCAGCCCUCUGCCCUUUGACAGCCACACCGGCACCCUGUGGCGCGCGCUGGCCGUGGAGCCCGGCCUCACCGCCCAGGUCCUGGGUCUGCUCCUGGAGAAACUGAGCAGGGACGUCCCGUUCAAGGAGGGCCGAGCCUUCCUGCUGAGCACCACGCCCGACCGUGUGGCCACGCUGCUGCCCCUCGCGGCCACCUGUGCCCUGUACGAGGUCACGUCUGUCCCGGCCUCCGGGCCUGCAGUGCUGGAGCUCUACCCCCAGCUGUUUGCGGCGCUCCUGCUGCGUGUCAGCUGCACCGUGGGCGUCCAGUUGCCCCGGAACCUGCAGGCCAAGGAGAGGAGGAGUAGCGGCUCGGGCCCGGGCUUCAGGAGCCUUGAGCCCUGCAGCUCUGCGGUGGAUGCGCUGCAAGCCGUGCUUCUCCGAGGCGGCAACGAGGAUGUGGUGCAGCGCAUGGAGCUGGAGGGGGGCUGGGAGCUGCUCAGGACCUCGGCAGGGCACGAAGAAGGUGUCGCCCGGCUGGCCAGCGCCAUGGCAAAGUUCGCCGGCCCCCGGCUGCCCUUGGUGACGAAGGCGCUGUUCAGCACGCAGAGCAGCGUGUACGACAUCCAGAGGGUCACCUCCACAGCUUUCCUGGCCGAGCUGCUCAGCAGCAACGUGGUGAGGGACCUGAUGCUCUUGGAGUCGCUGCUGGACAACCUGGCGGCGCGGCAGAAGGACAGCUGCGCGAGCGUGCGGCGGCUGGUGCUCCGGGGUCUGGCCAACGUGGCCACCGGCUCCCCCGACAAGGUGCGGGCCCACGGCCCCCAGCUCCUGACGGCCAUGAUCGGAGGGCUGGACGACGGGGACGCCGCCCACAGCCUCGUGGCCCUGGAGGCCAUGGUGGGCCUCGCGCGGCUGCUGGACCUGGUGGAGGCCUGGGACCUACGCUCCGUGCUUCUGCACGUGGCCAUUCGCAUCCGGCCCUUCUUUGACAGUGAAAAGAUGGAGUUCCGUGCGGCAUCCAUCCGCCUCUUCGGGCACCUCAACAAGGCCUGCCGCGGGGACUGUGAGGACGUCUUCCUGGAGCAGGUUGUGGGCGGGCUGGCACCCCUGCUCUUACACCUGCGGGACCCCCAGGCCCCCGUGACCGCGGCCUGCAGGUUCGCCCUGCGCAUGUGCGGCCCCAAUCUGGAGUGUGAGGAGCUGGCCGACGUCUUCCAGAAGCACCUGCAGGAGGGCCGGAGCCUGCACUUCGGGGAGUUCCUCAACACCACCUGCAAGCACCUGAUGCACCACUUCCCCGACCUGCUGGGCCGCCUGGUGAGCACCAGCCUGUUCUACUUCAAGAGCAGCUGGGAGGACGUCCGAGCUGCGGCCCCCAUGCUCACAGGGUUCCUGGUGCUGCACGUGGAAGCUGAGCACAGGCCACAGGUGGACCUGGAGCAGCUCCUCGCAGCGCUCCAGCUCCUGCUCAAGGACCCGGCCCCCGCGGUGCGCGCAAAGGCUGCCGAGACCCUGGGCCGCCUGGUGAAGUUCGCCUGAGGCUCCCCGGCAGGGCUGCCCUGACAAGCAGUUGUGGCCUGGGCCUCCAAAACGGGACCCUAACGAGCAGAGCAGAGCGGAGAGUCCCCGGCCCACAGCGAGGUGGGGGGACGAGGGGCCACCAGGGUGCGCAGUUUGCUGUUGCCCCCCCACCCCAAAUAAAGCCAUUUGCUCCUCA